GCCUAGGCCCCUGGGCCGUGCGUUUGGCCAAUUCGUAAUUUGACGUCUCUUAAUUUUUGCGCAUCCUCUCGAAGAGGGAAAGACAGGGACAGAAAUGGCAGCAAACUAUCCUGGGAUGCCAGACCCAGCGGCCAUGCAGGCGAUGCUCGGCUCUGCUCCUUCCGGGGACAGCUCUGCCAUGUCAGGUGUACCACCUCCGCAGUUUGAUCCUGCAAUGGCUCAAGCCUACGUGCAGAUGGUGCAGUAUAUCCAGCAAGGACUUCAGCAUCAAGCGGGCUUCAGUGGCUCCAGUUUUCCCACACCGCCGAUGUUCCCUGGGAUUCCUCCAUCACCGUACACCCCAACCAUGCCGUCCGAGCCAGCAAUUACUGUUUCUGUGGAAGGCAUGAAAUUUCAAUACCAAUUGACCGAAGACGACUUACACAAAGUCUUCAGUCGGUACGGAUCUGUCAAGCAAAUUCGUGUGGAUGAGGCCGGAGCCAGCGCCAUGAUCAUCUUCGAGCAAUUCCCAGAUGCCCAGGCAGCCAUGAACGAUCUGAAUGGCAAGGUGCUCAAUGGUUUGGAAGGCACCUUGAGAAUCAACUGGGCAAACAACCCUGCCAUGCCUCCACCGUACCCUGGCAUGCCGUUCCCGGCCUGGGGCUUCCCGCCUGCACCUGGACAAGCUUGGGGAGCACCAGCGGCAGCUGUGGCCAAUUCAACAGCAUCUGGGAACGCAGACAAGUCUCCUGGUAAGAGCCAGAAGAAGUACACCUGCCGCUUCAUCAUCGGCAUUGAGAAUGACAAAGACUUCCAGGUGGCUCGCCGUAUCAUCGGGGCCAAGGGAACCAACAUGAAGCGCAUUGUGAAGCAAACUGAAGCGAAACUUCGACUCCGUGGCGUUGGCUCUGGCUACUUUGAGGGUGCUGGGCAGAAGGAGAGCUCCGAGCCCUUGCAGCUUUGCAUUUCCUGCACCAGCCAUGAUGGCUACAAGACUGCAGUGCGUGGUGUUGAAGAGCUUUUGAACCGUGUGUACGAGGAAUAUCGACAGUUCUGUCGGGAGAACCAGAAGCCCAUCCCGGAUUUGCAGAUUAAUCUGACUGAGAAUCAACUUGUGUACAGUUCCAAGGCAUCCUUCGCGGGUGGUAUGGGCAUGGAUGACGAUGAAGGGGAUGGCAAAGACAAGCGCAAAGGAAAGGCACGAACUGCUAAGAGGGAGCCCAUGAAGAGCCAGGAUGGAGUCAUUGAUCGCGGUGAGCCUGGCCCCAACGCACCGCCAGUGAACGAGAUUGAGAAGCUGAUUGAUGAACGCAACGAGGCACGAAGAGCCAACAACUUUCCCGAAGCUGAUCGUAUUCGCCAGCUCUUACAUUCACGUGGAGUGGCGCUCAUGGACGAGCCUGGUGGACGGGGCAAGGGCGCAGAGGUGACCACCUGGCGCUAUUGGAGGGACUGAGAACGACGUCAGGCGACGUGUCUCAGAGCUGGUCGCCAGUGAUCGACUCAGGGAGGAACGUGUCACCGGACGGUCUUGUUUGUCC